AUGCUCGAUGAGGAGGAGGACGCCUCCGGGAAGAGUGACGAGACAAUGCGUGACGGGACGCCCACCCCAGGUCAGAAAGAGGCGAGGGACAAGAAGAAGAAAAAGUCGAAAAACAAGGACAAGGAGAGCAGAGAGGAUGGAGGCAAAACCAAAGUGUCAAAGAAGACCCAUACGCAAGUGGAAGAAGACCUGCGCAAGGAGAAGAAGAAGAAGGUCAAGGAGGCGAUGGAACAGCAGACAGCACGGGCCAUUGAGGGAAUGCAUGCUGCCGCCGCCGACGAAUCUCGAAAGCGGAAACGCGAUGAGGACGGGGCAGAGGCCUUCAAACGCCGCGUCGAAGUCGAAGCCAAUGCUGUCAAACGACUGCGAGAAUCUCUUCCCAUCUUCCGCCUGGAACGCGUUGCCCACGCCCUGGAACGGGACGAAGGUAGCCAGCCAACGGAGAUGGCUGUGCUGCUCACUGCUGCAAGGGAGACUAUCAUCGAUCUGGCCAGAGCGCAACUCCUUCAGAUGGAGCAGAUGUCAAACGUCGUGGAAAAAGAGAUGCUGGAUAUUGUCAGAGCUCAGCGGACGAGAUUGGACGAGUUGGAGGGACGAAAGGAUGCCGGAGGGCUGGCUCCUGCGCCUGAGACCGCAGCCAUCGCCAAGCCCAGAGGAAAAGAAGCAGAAGCCCUCGACGACACGUCUUCAGCUGAUUCAGAUGACAGCAGCGAUGAUGACGAUGUCGAGGUUGUCGAAAUGCCCAAGCAAUUCGCCGCCAGGGGAGUUACCACAAAAGCACCAAACACCCAGGGACCUUGCUCAACCCAGUGA